UGAUUGAUUGAUUUUUUUUUUUUUUAGUAUUAAUUAUUAUCAAUUAUCAAUUCUUCUUAUUAUUUUAUAAUUAUUACCAUGAUAAUGACAUGACACAUCCUGUCCACCCACAUAGUCUCUGCACUUGUAUUCAUAGCUAUAUAAUGAAUAUCCAUAGAAAUGUUGAAAAGAUCAUCACAUCCUCCAUACAUACAUACAUACAUACAUACAAACAAACAUAAACACUUGUGAUAACCACCUUCUUUUCGUUUGAGGAAAUUUUUUUUUCUUCAUUUAUUAUUUUUAUCAUUCAUUUCAUUUAUCUCUUUAUCUAUUUCCUUUCAUUUCUUUCUCUUGAUUGUGUCCAUUUCUAUAUAUAUAAAUAUUUAAUACGAACAAUAAAUAUUGAUUCGAUAAUACAAACAGUACUGGAGUUAUGGACAUUUGGACUUACGAACAAACUUAUAUAAAUGAUAAAAUCGAUAAAUUUCAAUCGGACAUUAUCCUAUUUGGAGAUGAAAUUGUCAAAAAUCCUUGUGCUGCCAUCUGUUCUAUAAAAAUCUAAACUCAAUUGGAAAACAGAUGGAAGCACUGAAGAUAUUCAUGAUUAGCUUGAAUCCACCAGUAUUUAUAUUAACAUUAACAUUGUUGUUAUUAUUUUGGAAUUCGUGUUGUAGAAAUUUUUAUUUUGUAUUAUUGAUGGUCAUGACUAAAACAGUUUUGCAUCAUCGCCGAUUGACAAAAUCAUCUGUCAACAAUAAUGAUGAUGAUGAUGAUGAACGUCAGAAUUUGCUUGAAAAAACACAGCGAUCCCAAGAUGAAGAUAGAUGGAACGCAACGAAUGAAAAAUUUCAUCAAUUUGAUCACAUUCCAUGGAAAGGUAUCCUAUUGGCAUUGACGCUCACGUUGAUUGGUAGCGUUAUCGUUAUCGUUUUUAUUUGUUCAAAUUUUGGUUGGAUCGCCUUCAAACCGGAUGAUAAUUUUACAUUCCUAACAUUGGCCUUUAUCACAUUAGUGCCUGGUCUCUAUCAUUGUAUGAUUGCAUUCCGAGCAUAUCGUGGUUAUGAUGGAUAUAGUUUUGAUGAUAUUGCCGAUCUUAAUUGACCUAGUCAUUAUUCAUUUAUUUAGAUUUGAUAUAAAAUCUAUAUUCGAUCUGACAUCAUAUCCUGUUUGUAAAUCUUUUGCCGUUAUCUUUUAGAUAUAAAAAUUUAGAGAAACAUUAAAAAAUGACAUUACAUUUAA